AUGCUGCAAACAUUGUAUUAAACGCAACUGAAGAUUCGAAUGAGAACAAAAGGACUCUAUCUUAAUGCAGGCCCUCUUAGAACAGGUUCGCCGUACUCAGGUACAAAAUAAACAUGUCUGUGUUUGAUCUGUCUGAUAGCACAGUUUAUGAAUAGGGUGGUUCUUUGCACACAUCUACUCUUCUACAAAUAAAGGUUCCAGGAAGAAGCCUGAUACUUAUAGGAGAGGUACAAAAGGUUCCAAAAAGGACUUUAAAACAGUGUGUCUCAACAUUUUAACAUAAGAAAGAAAGAAAAAAUCCUUAGGGAUAUUUUUGACAAAACACACACGUAUACCAAAAUACAACAGCAAUAAUAGUAAUAAUGAUAACCAAAGAACCAUAUAGCUCAUGAAGGUGUUUAAAUGAUAUGGCCAUUUGAAAUGCAAAGGUCUAAGCAAAUAUUAGACCGUGUUUCACCUGAUAAAGUACCGUGAGAUUAAUAUAACCUUCCAAUUCAAUCUUGUGCAUGAAACUACCUAGGCUACCAUUGUCUGUAAUUUUCUUUUCUUUCUAAGCUACAUCAACUUGAUCAAUCUAACAGUCUGCGAUUUGCAUUGGUAACUCCUUCACAGCUAUAACUUAUUUUAAAAUAAAAGCAUUUAUAGUCCUCACUGUAGACUAUGUACCACCUGCAGUAGCAGCAGCUAUAUCACACACACCGCUACAUUACCAUCUGAAAGCGUGAACAAAGUUUCAGAUCGUUAUUUCCGAUGCUUGUGCCAACUCAUGGGUGACUCGAGACGAAGCGGAUCCCUCCUUUGAUUGGCCACAAAAGCGCUACGUGGACGUCGAGCAGGAACAGGUAGAGCGCGUGACCGUUAUCAUUUCAUUCUGACUGCGGCUGUCAGGACGACCACAGAGCCACACGUCAACUAUCAUCGCAAGCCUUUUAUCGCGCAGACAUCGCCACGAGUUUGGUGGAAUAUUAUUUUGAGGGCCUACACCAGGGUGUGGGUGAGUGAGUCAAGUAUGAAGUCCAAAGGAAAGGGGUCAAAGCGGGGCAGACAGUCUUGGGCAGAACAGGACGACCCAGACUUCACACUGGAAACAGAGCCAGGUUCCAGCGAGCAGGAGGGUUCAGAGGCAUCCGUGAGGCUGGGUGGGACGUGGAGAACAUUGAGGGGUGAGAGGAACGGCGGUUCCCGCAUGGGUCCGCGUCGCAGGCGUCUGCACGGCAGCGCCAAGGAACGCAACGUCCGCAGGCUGGAGAGCAAUGAGAGAGAGAGGCAGAGGAUGCACAAACUCAACAACGCCUUUCAGGCCCUACGGGAGGCCAUUCCUCACGUCAAAACAGACAAGAAACUUUCCAAGAUCGAGACUCUCACACUGGCAAAGAACUACAUUAAGUCCUUAACCACAAUCAUCCUGGGCAUGUCAAGUGCCAGUCACAUGGAGACUAACGCCUCCCGGCUCCUGCAGUGUUAUCAACAGCAUCUACAGGAGGAGGGAGAGGAGGAUCUGUCCAACUACCUGAGCCACAUUCACAGCUUCAGCCAGGGCAGCUAACACACACUGCCACAGACUCAGGGAGCGCGGUGUAAAUACAUGCAUGAUACAUGCAAGAUGGUAAAUACCAGCUCUGAAGACUAACAAAAGGGUCUGUUUGAAUAACCCAGUUUACAAGCUAAAGCUGGUCCAUAAACAAGCUAAUUUAUGUACAGAAUAUGCACGGAUUAUGUUGUCCAUACAUUUUUUUAUAAAAUAGUUAUUUGCCGUUAUCAUUGCCAAAUUGCUAGCAGUAACUCUUUGGACUAUGACAGGAUACAGUGUGCUGGUCAUUAAUAUAAUAUACCCCACUCUGUGACAAAAGAAGAUGCUUUGCUCAAAUGGUGAAAGUCAGUGGGGUCCAUCAUCACUGGACCCCCCGACCUUUAUUGUAAUGACAAACAAAAAACAAUGUUUGUGUUCAAUGAAAUUAAUUCAUAUUUCUUAUUUUUGGGUGAACUAUCCCUUUAACAGGGUGAGUAGGUAUUUCAUAUGAAAAAAUGCAAAGUUUUGGAGCAGAUUUCAUAUUUAUUCAGAGGACACAAACCAUACACAUAUGAAACUGAGAGGAGUUUACUGUACCCAAAUAAUGACUCAUUACCCUGUUAUUUAUCUACAUUGAAUAAUUUAAAACUAUAUUAUCCUUUUCUUUUUCCAGUGGUUUCUCUCAUGCCUGCAUGUAAUUUCUUUGUAUGUACAGAAGCAACCUUAAACAAUUGCCUUAAGGGUGUCACAUAAUUGAUGCAGUUUCACAUUAGGACCGUAAUUACCCUUAAAUAUUUAAAUUUAUACAUCCACAUGUACAACAUAUCUUAAUUUAACAAACUAUUCAUCCUAACAAUUUUCCCAACCAUUUGGAAAGAUUUGUUAUAAAUACUGUAACUUUCUGAAAACGUGCUGCCUUUAACCAGAAUUAAACCACCUAUAUAUCUAUGAAUGAAAUGAAAUAUGCUGACAUCCUGAGAAAUGUUUCACAACAUUGUCUUCACAUUUUCAAGUGCAAAAUACUGCACUCUUUCAUCAGUGACAAAAGCUGAAUAAGCGUCUGAACUUACACUACCAUUAAAAACUUAAAGGUCAGUAAGAUUUUUUUGUGGUAUCUUAUGCUCACCACUGCUUUUAUUUGAUCAAAGUAAAAACUGUAAUAUAUUGUGGAAAUUGUCAUCACUCAUUUAAACAUGCUGAUUUGUUGCUCAAGAAACAAUUAUCACUGUUGAAAAAUGUUGUGCUGCUUCGAAACAGUGACGUUUUUUUCAAAGAUUCCGAAUAAAGCUCAAAAGUACAGCAUUUCUUUUUGAAACAUAUCUUUCACAAUAUAAUAUCCUUUACUGUCAAUUUAGUUAAUUUAAUGCAUCCUUGCUGAAUGAAAGUAUUAAUUUCUUUAAAAAAAAAAAAAAAAAAAAUCUUACUGACCCCAUAUUUCAGAACAGUAGUGUAUCUGUGCAAAAUCACUGUGCUGUCUCAGCUUUGAAUAAGAACAUUACCAAUAACCCAAUACAAGCAGAUGAUGAAAGUAUUACAGACUCUUUUACUCUUAAUGUUUAACGGCUCUGCAGCCGAGCAGGAAAAUUCCCAGAAGCAGGUGUUUAUUUAAAAAUGUUGUUUGUGUGUAAUGUUCAAUAUAAAAUGCUUGUAAUGUACUUUCAGUAGCUUACAUUGGGACUUUUUGUAUUUAAUGCCCCGGAUUCAAAUAAAGGAUCAAAAAGGCAAA